GAACAUCUCUUUGCCACAGUGACAAACUUUCCAUAUUUAUUUUCCUGAAGGAGGAUAUCACUUGCUUGACUUACAGAGGUGUAACAAGUUGAGUCAGUGUUAAAAAGCCUGUGUCUGUAGGUCUCUACUGGCAAAAACAUGGGAAACGAGCACUCCAAGAACAUUGAGCUGCUGAACACGAUUGGGACAAUUCCUGAGAUGCUUGAAAAUGUGAAGGGCAUCUCUGCAAACAUCUCAUCUAAUGGGAUGGAGAUUACUGUUAACGAAGCUGCAGUUGUUUCUCAAAUCCUUGAAACCAUCUUAUUGAAGGAAGAGAUGAAGGAAAAUAAUGUAGACCAAACAGAUGUUUGUCUUCCUGCCAGCGAUCCACAGACAGAGACAGCUAACCUAAAGCCAGAGUCAGAAUCAUUGACGGAGCCAGAGAGUGUGACUCUAGUCUUGGGUCCAGAGGGAGAAAAAGCUCCUGAAUCUGACAACGGGAAGAGUCAACCUGUGGAAAACCAAGAGGACAGUAUCCCAGAAAAGACUCCAGUUAUGAACUUCUUCAAAACACUAGUGACUGUCAAAGUAAUCAAAAAGGAAACAGAUACUGCUGAUGCCACUAAAGACCAGUCCCAGAAGGAGAACCAACCAGCGGCAACCACUACUGUCGCACAAGUAUCUGAGCCGCCCGCAGCACCCAAAGGAAUGUCUAUCCCACCGCCACCUCCUCCAGAGCCACCGAAAAUGGAAAUCAAGGCAGAACCAGCUGCCAAAGCCUCACCAAAAGAAGAACCAAAAGCUGAUGCAAAGGAAUCCGAGUCCCCAAAAGGAAAAUCAGCCAAAGUUUCUCUCGGCAAAUUCUUCCGUUCAAAGGUACUGGUAGGUGUCAAGGCAUCCAAAGGCAAGGCUUCAGCAAGUGGAGCCAAUGCCCCGGCCAAGUCUGCAGCAGUGGUACAGUGGCACAUUAUUAUAAUCUCAAACUGACCAUGGCUCAUCCUGUUACUAACUGAACAAGAGCUGGUUUGUCUGGAGGUGGCAGAAACGGAACAAUUUGCUGUUUCCAAACUGGAACCUGCUGCCAUUGUGUAAUCCAGACGAAUCAGGUUUGCGUUGUACUCUGCAGCUAGACAUGUAAUAAUAGUAAUAGCGUGACUUCGGUCAAAAGGUUUCGCUGUAAAAAAAGCCUCACGUUAUCUGUUUCUACCACAGUCCAUAUUUCCAUGAUGCAUUAUAUUCCCAACAUUUAAAUUCCAUUAGUGAUUCAUUGAAUUAAAAAUGAUUUGAUAUUUUGGGAAAUACACUUAUCUUGCUUACUUGCCAAGCGUUAGAUGAGAGGAUCAAUACCACUCUCAUUUCUGUAAGCUAGAAUCAAGAGACAAUGAGCUUAGCUCAGCACAAAGCUCACUUAUAAACACAAUGUUUGUGAGGUCUGUGCUGUUAAGUCAUCUGUAUGUCACAUUGAGGUUGCCAGGCAAAACAACUUGCCAUUUUUCCACUUCAAUUUUCGAGCAAAUCAAACAAACAAGUUACAGUGUAAUUAGGGUACUUCGCAGGCGCUGGUAGGUGUAGGCUAGGCUAGCUGUUUCCCUUUGCUUCCAGUGUUUAUGCUAAGCUAAGCGUAUCACCUCCUGGCUUUAGCUCGAUACUUAGCUCACAGUCACGAGAGCGGUAUUGACCUGCUCAUCCAAC